CUGCAGUAGCUGCAACUCCUGUAGCAACCCCAACUCCUGCUUCGCUAAUAACUCCUACAGUAUCUAUACCUUUGACAGUGGCCCCCACCUCUAUAGCAGCUGCAACUCCUGCAGUAGCUGCUGCUCCAACAGUAGCCGCAAUCUCCACCACUGAUAUCACUCAACUGAAUGCGGUGCGCUCGCCGCUUCUGCGACUCCCUGCCGAGCUUCGAGAGAUGAUCUGGAGGUUUGCCUUCGGUGACAGAGACGUCAGCGUCACCGCCACAGCACCUCGUGGUGCUGCAGACCGAUCCCCCUCAGUCCAAUACUCAAUCUACCCUGACAGAGAAACCAAGGAACGGAAUGGUGCCCAGCUAGACGGUCCUAGCCUCGUGUCCAGACAGUUCUGGUCUGAGGCCUCACAUGUCUUUGCCUCAACGUCGAUAUUUGACAUUGAAGACCCCGCGAGUUUCAGACUGUUCGCUUUGUCCAACCGCGACUUGGUUCGUAGGAUCCGAAGAAUCCGUGUCUGGUGCUACAUCACCGUACCCUCACAUUUGUGUAGCAUCUCGCGCUGGGCUGCUGUUCUCACGUCUUCUAUCGUGGGCCGACUGGAACGAUUGAAGGGACUAGAAUUCGAAGUUGUGCUUGAUGUUGCUCAUACGCCGCUUUUUACACGAACUGAUGUGAUGACAGAUCCGCGCUGGAAGGCGUUGAAGAUGCCUGUGAUACUUCGCUCUCUUCAGCAGCACCAAUUGCAACGCAACCGCACCAAUGUAACAGUGAUCCAUCGGAGACACGGAACUGCUUUCGUUGAUACUGAUCCGCUCCGUAGGGUCAUUUCUAGUCUAUUGAUGGAGUAUCAUCCAAGACGCAUUUCCAAACGUGGAAGUGCCAGUUAAACCAGAAUUAUAUCAUAUCAAGUACACAUUGUACUUCGCUUCUG